AUGAGGUGCAAAAAGCACCAGUUCGACUGCAGCAGUAGCAUCGGCGUCUGUGCUUCCUGUUUACGGGAGCGUCUUUUUUUGAUUAUUGCUGCUCAGGCACAAGCGGAGAAGCAAUCGGAGAUCCGUGCCGCCGCUGCCGGCGAUAAUCGUGCGGCGGACGAUAGACCUCUUCCGCCACCGCCGCUUGUUUUUCUUCGUUCUGUUUCUCCUUAUGAUCAUCGUCUGAAAUCGGAUGAAGGUUUGUUGAGCGAUCUCGAUCGCGAAGGAAAUCGCCGCAAUCGCCAUCAGCGAUUUUACAGUACUCCGCAAAUCGGACCUGAUUACAGAACGAAUAACACUGCGAACUCUACAUUCGUUACUACAGGUUCGUUCGAUCGGAAAAAGAGGAGUAAAUUUUCGCUCUGGUCGAAGCUUUUUAAAUCUAGAUCCGAGAAAUUCGAGAAGAAGCAUAAAAGUCCUUCUCACGAAUCGCACGGUUCUGAUUCGGCUUCUUUAUCGCCGUCGUGGUUCUCGACGAUCUUGAACGGCCGUCGGAUUAAGCAGCAAUCGAGCCUUGCGACAGUCGAGGAAUCGAUCGCUGGUGCCGAACGGAGACAUCAUUGUGAAACGAUUAAACGCGGAAUGUCGCCGGCGAUAAUAUCGGAAUCGGAUGAAGAAGAGUGCGAAAGUCACGGUCGUUCUCCAAUUUCUCAGAAGUUUCAACAGUCUCCGAUGACGAUUCCUGGAUCGGCUAAACGAGAGAAAUUAGGGCACAAACAGAAUGUAUCAGGAUUCGCAUUUUGUUUGAGUCCUCUGGUACGAGCAAGUCCGAACCGGAAUUGGAAUCAGAAGGUAAUGUCGCCGGAAGUUUCUUUCUCCGGCAAUCUUAGGGUUCCGGGGAAGCCUCAUCUCUGUGCGAAUCGGUCGAGGAAGAUAGCGGACUUUGGAAGAGUCAAUCACAACCGUUGA